AUGUCACACCAAGAUAUCAUUACACAGGUGCAGCCGGAUGGAGGCUUGGGGGCCACGGAGAUGGGAGCUCCUCAGGACGAGUUUAUGGAGGAUGAGUACAAUACGGAAAUCAAAAUGAACAUGAGAGGUCAUAUGUUUACCAUUACGAGGGAAGACUUGAUGGCGUUACCCGAGUCGAUACUUCUCUGUCUGUUCCCGAACGGUAUCUUUGUCGACAUUGACGGGAACGUCAUCACCAAUUUGACCGAGGACGAUGUUGUAUAUGUGAACUUUGCACCUGAAUGUUUCCAGUACAUCUGCCAGGUCUUUGACGUUGCAGUACGGGACCUGCACCGCAUGCACCAGCUCAACACGAGCCCAAACUAUGACAUCAAUGACCCCAACAUUUUGAACGACCGGCCUGUGAUUAUUGUUUUACGAGAGGACCUCGACUACUAUUGCAUUCCACCGGGCAAGGGUCUUGAUGUUGACCAGAUGAGGAGAAUCAAGUACAGGGUUGGUGUUGAGCUGGUGAAGAAGCGGAGGAUUUUCGACGGGUUUGGCUAUGUUGCUGGUAAACAACUCAAGCCUGCCGAACAGCAUUUGAUGGACAUGCUCUGUAACUCUGGCUUCUCUCAUGAGGAAGAAUGGGGCCAUCGGUCUCUGGAACCUGACAAGACUGUUAUAUUUUCAUUGACGCUGGCACGUUUGAACAACAACAGCACUUCAUCCCACCGUAACGAAGACGAGGAAACAAACUCCACCAAUGGGACAAGCGGAUUGGACUCUUCAAAUACUUCAAUUGCCAGCGCUUCAGGUACAAACCUUGCCUCCAUGAACUCCAACGGCGAAGACCGUGGCCGGUCCAAGGAGAAGAAGAAGUCCAGGCUCUCCACCCUAGCAAGCUCCCUCUCUCGUGCAGGGUCACGUGUUCGCCAUAAACCUAACCCAAACAAUACAAAGUUGCUCUUGUUUUGGCGUAAACCAGCACGUAAAUGCUGGUGGAACCACAGUGUUGUCCAAGUGGAUAUUGGGGAUCUUGCCCUCAGAGACACACACGGCAAUUCCAUUGAUACCACUGCAAUCAAGGUCCACAUUCGCCGGGUGUGGACUCUCGAGCUCUCCAUCAUUGGUAUCCAGUGA